AUGUCCCUCCGCCACCUCCUCCUCUUCCUCCUCCCCACCGCCCUGUCUGUCUCUUACCCUUUCAACUACACUUUACACAUUGAUUGUGGUGGCCUAGUCAACUCUACUGAUGCGUUCAAGACUACGUGGGUAUCCGACCGUUACUACUCCGGCGGCGCCACUUCUAUCGUCUCCGAGCCCCUCCACUUCCUGCACGAGCAGGAGAAGACUCUUCGUUACUUCCCAAUUUCUUCUGGCAAGAAGAAUUGCUACACCAUACCCUCUGGCGUUGGACGCUACUUCCUCCGGACGUUCAUUGUUUAUGACAAUUUCGAUGGCAAGUCCCACUCGCCUUCUUUUGACGUCUCAGUCGAGGGUACUUUAGUCUUUUCCUGGCGCUCCCCGUGGCCCGAAUCUGUUUCUCGCUCCGGCGCUUACUCAGAUCUCUUCUUUUACUUGGAUGAUUCUGAGGCGGAUAUAUGUUUUUACAGCAUUGCCACUGAUUCGCCGGUUAUUGGGUCCCUACAAUUAACCCAAAUUGACCCUAAUGCAUACCCUUUUGACUAUACCAGAAAUUCCAGCAAUUACAUAUUGGUGAAUUAUGGCAGGUUUUCAUCCGGGUCGGAUCAAUGGGGCCCCGGAUUCAGCAACGACACAGAUUUUUUUGGCCGGUCUUGGCAAUCCGGUGCUGAAUUCCGAGUAGGAUCCGUGGCUAUUGCUACUGGGGCAACAAUCAAAGCCAUUUCUUCUAUAAAAAAUGUAGUAAACGUUGAAAGAAGUCCAAAUUAUUUUCCCGAAAAGCUGUACCAGACCGCGUUGACUGUGUUGGGGGAUGGGGGUGUAGCGCUGGAGUAUGAGUUGCCUGUGGAUGCCAAGCUGGAUUAUUUGUUGUGGUUCCAUUUUGCGGAGAUUGAUGUUAGUGUGAAUAAGGCUGGGCAGAGGGUGUUCGAUGUGUUUGUGAAUGGGGAGAACGUGAAUAGGGUGGACGUGUACAAGCAGGUCGGGGGAUUCGCUGCAUAUGAUUGGAGUUAUGUAGUGAAGAAUUUAAGCACUACUACUCUGAGUGUGAGGCUAGAGGCAGUUGUGGGCGUGCCAAUCAUUUGUGGGCUCGAGAAUUAUGCAAUUGUGCCAGUUGAUCUCAAAACUUCUCCUGACCAGGUCAUUGCCAUGAGAGCACUGAAGGAGUCACUUCGCGUUCCUGACAGAAUGGGUUGGAAUGGAGAUCCUUGUGCCCCUACUACAUGGGAUGCUUGGGAGGGAGUUACAUGUCAUUCCGUAAAUAAUGAAGCUGUCCUUGUGGUAUCCCAAAUAGAUCUUGGUAGCCAGGGCUUGAAGGGGUAUAUUAGUGACCAAAUAGGUCUCUUGACGAAUUUGGUAAGCCUGAACUUGAGUUCUAACUCUCUAGGAGGAGAUCUGCCCUCAGGGUUGGGCGAAAGGUCUCUUGUGAAGCUGGAUUUAUCAGAUAAUAAGUUUACUGGCGUUAUACCAGAUAGUCUGACUUCUUCCACUUUGCAGCUUGUGUUAUUAAAUGAUAACUUACUGGAAGGCCGAGUCCCGGAGGAACUUUAUUCGAUUGGGGUGCACGGUGGUGCUAUUGACCUUUCUGGCAACAAAGGCUUGUGUGGUGUACCACCUUUGCCUGAUUGUCCACUAUUUUGGGGUAAAAAUGGCUUAUCUACUGGUGGCAAAGUUGCUAUCGGUCUAGCCUGUUUAUUUUUAUUAUCGGUGCUGCUGCUUGGGAUGUACUAUUGUUGUGUGUGGAGGCGGCGCAAUGACUAUGACUUUGGUCUACCUCAUGAAUUAAUGUCUCUUGCUGCAAAGAGAAACAGAUAUCACAGACAGAAAUCCUUGAUGACCCUUGAAAUGGAGAGUCAACACGCCAAAGGAUUUAUUCCAACUUACGAAUACUGUGUUAAAGAGGAGCACCGAUGCUGGAGAGAAGAUAUGCCCUUGCUGGGAAUUUGA